AUGGCAAUUCCAGCCGAAACGUUUUUUCUGCGCCCAGACAACGAAACGUCGCUCCAGCAGCAGAUCCAGCGGCUUAUCGUUGAAGCCAUCCUGUCAGGUCGCUGUCUGCCUGGUGAAAAGAUGCCCUCCAGCCGAAAACUGGCAGAGCAUCUGGGUGUUGCCCGCAUAACUGUCACAAUCGCCUAUACCGAGCUUGUCUCCAACGAAUAUCUCGUUUCGAAAGGGCGCUCCGGCUAUUUCGUUUCCCAGACCGCACCAAGCAGGCCGAAAUUCAACCUGCCGGAUCAAGCCGACAAAACUCAGGUGGACUGGGCGCGGACCAUCGGACAGCGGUUUUCCGAACACGUUCCCCUGGUACGGCCGGACAACUGGCGCGAUUACAAGUACCCUUUCAUCUACGGUCAGUCGGACGCCAGGCUUUUCGACCAUCACAACUGGCGAAACUGUGCCCUGAAGGCAGUCGGCCGCAAGGAUUUCGACACUCUGGCGACAGAUUAUUACGAGCGUGACGAUCCCAUGCUCGUCGAAUUCAUAUUGCGGCAGAUCCUGCCACGGCGUGCAAUCACCGCACGGCCGGAGGAGAUCCUGAUCACGAUGGGCGCACAGCACGCGCUCUGGAUCACCGCGCAAAUCCUGCUGACACAGCGACGCACGGCGGCAAUCGAAAACCCCUGUUAUCCCGGUCUGCGGCAGAUCCUGAGCCAGACCCGCUGCAAUACCGUAUCGGUAGAUGUCGACGCCGCAGGCCUUCCACCGGAAAACCUGCCGGAGACUCUCGACGUGGUCUUCACGACACCCAGUCAUCAUUGCCCGACGAAUGCCACGAUGCCCGUUUCCCGCCGGGAGCGCCUGCUGGAUCUUGCUGCCCGAAAGGGCUUCAUCAUCGUGGAAGACGACUACGAGUUCGAAAUUUCCUUUCUGAAGUCUCCAUCACCGGCCUUGAAAUCGCUCGACCCGACCGGAUCGGUUAUCUAUGUCGGGUCCUUCUCAAAAUCGCUCUUUCCAGGCCUGCGGCUCGGGUAUCUGGUUGCGUCGGAACCCUUUAUCCGUGAAGCACGGGCCUUGCGUUCCCUCGUCCUUCGACACCCUCCCGGACUGAUCCAGCGCACCGCCGCCUAUUUUCUGUCCUUGGGCCAUUACGAUGCCCAGAUUGCGCGGAUGGGCAGGAUCUACCGCAAACGAAGGUCCAUCAUGGAGCAGAGCCUGCACGAGAACGGCCUGACCCAGACCGGCCAGGGAACGUUCGGCGGCUCCUCAUUCUGGAUGCGUGCGCCCAAUAGUGCCGACAGUUCGAAGCUGGCGAUGAAACUCAGGCAGGAUGGUGUGCUGAUCGAGGCCGGGCGUGCCUUUUUUCCGAAGGCGAAGAGCAGCCCGGAUACUACCGCCUCGCCUAUUCUUCCAUUGCCUCGGCCCGGAUUCCCGACGGCAUUUCGCACCUCGCCAAGAGGCUCGAAGAAGCAGUCCCGUAGGAUGCUUUUUCACGGCUGA